AUGGAAACCUACGGGCACGGCCUGGUGAAGGACGAGCUACACAGCGGCGGCGGCUGUGGCGGCGGCGGCAUCGGAGGACAAGGACUGUACUGCGGUGCUACUGCUACCACGCCGAGGGCGGCGGCGCCUGCUGCGGCCACCACCGGCAGCGGCGGCGGUGUCGUGAAGAGCGUGAGAAGGAGGAAGAGGGCGCCGCCGCCGCCGUCGUCCCUGGUGGUGGCGACGGCGAUGAGCGGCUGCAAGGACGAGGCAGCCGGCGGUGACAAGUCGGCGAGUAGCAAUAGUAGUAACAACGCGUCCAAGAGGAGCUCAAGGUUCAGAGGCGUGAGCAGGCAUCGGUGGACGGGCCGGUUCGAGGCGCACCUGUGGGACAAGGGCACCUGGAACCCUACGCAGAAGAAGAAAGGGAAGCAAGUUUACCUUGGAGCGUACAACGAAGAAGACGCGGCAGCAAGAGCCUACGAUCUGGCAGCGCUCAAGUACUGGGGACCUACCACCUACACCAACUUUCCGGUUGUGGACUAUGAGAAAGAGCUCAAAGUGAUGCAGAACGUGUCCAAGGAAGAGUACCUUGCCUGCAUAAGAAGGAAGAGCAACGGCUUCUCCCGCGGAGUUUCCAAGUACAGAGGCGUCGCACGGCACCACCACAACGGCAGGUGGGAGGCGCGGAUCGGGCGGGUGUUCGGCAACAAGUACCUGUACCUGGGCACGUACAGCACGCAGGAGGAGGCGGCGCGCGCCUACGACAUCGCCGCCAUCGAGUACCGCGGCAUCAACGCCGUCACCAACUUCGACCUCAGCACCUACAUCCGCUGGCUCAAGCCGCCCGGCGCCGAGGACGGCGGCACCACCGCGACGACGUCGUCGGGCAUAGCCGCCGCCAUGCCGCCGCCGCCGUCGUCGCUGUGCAUCCAGGCCGGCGGCCUCCUGCAGCACCCGCACGGCGCUGCGGCGGCGGCGGCCGCCAUGCUGCACGACGUCGACGACGACCUCUACCGCGGCCGGCAUGCUUUGUUCUCGGCCGGCGGCAGCCUCGACGACGUCGGCUCCUCCUCCGUGUACGCCGCCGGCACAGGGCCCGGCCCGACGGCGGCGGCGCUGUGCGUCGGCGGGAGGCCGUCGCCGACGUCGUCCAGCACGGCGCUCAGCCUGCUGCUGCGCUCGUCGGUGUUCCAGGAGCUCGUGGCGCGGAACGGCGGCGCCCCGCAGCAGCAGCAGCAGCUCGUGCCCGCGGACGACGACGGGGCAGUGUCGUUGUCGCCGGGCGUCGUCCUCUACGGCGGCGCGGCGGGGGCGGACGAGGAGGACGCGUUCGCCUGCUCCAUGUACGAGCUCGACGACAGCUUCGCGCGCAUCGAGCACUCGCUCUGGGGCUGCUUGCGAUCAUCGGAUGGGUCUGAUGCUCUUAAUCUCUGAUCCCGGUUCAGUGAACGGCUGAUGAUGGGAUCGAUGAAUGAAUAACCGCGCCGCCGGCGACUGUGCAUUGGACAUGGAUGCUGCAUGGUCGGUCGGUCGGUCAAGGAGGUGUGCAGUGCGAGAGACUAUGGCCAUGCUUCUCUUCUUCUGCAACAAAUGGGAGAGAGAAGAGAACCACUAGCUAGCUGUAGCUCCUGGCUCCUGCUGGGAUAGCCAUGCUUCUUGCGAAUGAGUAGCUAGAGCUGGAGUAUAUAGAAAUAGAAUGUUAGGAGUGGAUUUUCGGUCGUCGCAAAUGUGUUGCAUAGCUAAUCGGAGUGGCUUUGAAAUA